AAAAAAAAAAAAACAUUUUUCUUAUCUUUUUCUUUAUGGAUACAAAACGAGAAAUUAAAAGAAGAAUCACACAAGCUUGUAUUUUGUGUCGGAAGAAAAAAGUAAUACGAUGGCGUUGAUCAGCAUAUACUUAGUCAUCUAUAGAUAAAGUGUGAUGGUGCUAAACCUGAAUGUCUUCAUUGUAAAGAAGCCAACUUGUCAUGUCAAUAUACAGAAUAUAAAAAGAGAGGACCUCAUAAGGGUUAUGUUCGAUUAUUAGAAGAACGGCUAGCUCAACUUGAGCGAAAACUAGUGAAUACAGGCAUGGAAUUACCACCUCCUCUGCCAACCAAAGAUAAACCCAAAGAAGAAGAAGGAGGAGGAGGAGAGGAAAAAGAAGAGGAUGAUUUACCACCCAGUGCUAUUGUGACUCAUCUGAUUGAACUGUUCUUUCAGUAUGUCAAUUCAGUCUUUCCUCUUGUUCAUCGUGGUCGAUUAAGACAAUCCAUUCAAGAUGGAACAGUGUCUAAACCUCUUUUAUGGGCAUUGAUGGCUAUUGCAGCAAGAUUUUCAGAUCAUCCAAGCAUCAAGACAGAUCCUCCUUAUUGGGCAGGUGAAAAGUUUGCUACCAAAGCCACUCAGUCCAUCAAUGCUUCUCUUUUAGAACCUACCAUACCCAACCUACAAUUCUGGGGUAUCAUGUCUUGCUUAGAAUACGGUAGAGCCUCAGGUUCAAAAGCAUGGACCUACGGAGGUAUUGCUGUCCGUAUCUGUCAAGAGUUAGGUCUGAAUAAAGAAUCGGUGCUUAGGACACCCAUUCUAUCGGAGGGAACAGUGGAUUAUGUCGCCAUGGCACUCAGGCGACGUAUCUUUUGGAGUUGUCUCUGUAUUGAUAAAUUCGCAAGCACAAGUACAAACCGUCCUCAAGGAUUUGAAGUCGGCGAUUAUGAUGUUCAAUACCCCACACGCACAGAAAGUAGUCUGUUGCUUGACCCACUCCAGAACUUUACUGUCGAUCGAAGAGUAGUCACCAAUGACCCUUUGAUGGAUGUCGUGCCUCAUUAUGUUGGUGUCUUGGAAAGGUUUGGUGAGAUCUGUAAAUACAUGAGUCGGGCCAAGACAGAUGGGUCUCAAGUGACAUGGCCACCCAUUGCUGAGUUCAGUCAGUUGGAUACCUCCAUGCGUGUCUGGAAAGAGAGCUUGCCAGACCAUUUCAGAUUCUCGGCAGCGAUGGUGGCCAAGUACCGAGAGACAGCCACACAAAACUAUCUGAAUUUCUGGAUCUGUGCUCAUGCGAUGUACUGUACAGGCAUGUUAGCACUCCAUCGAGGUAGUUUAGCCUAUAGUGAUCUCGGACCAUCUGAGUUACCAUCAGAUGUUUAUAAACAGAUCCAAGCCAGUGUUGCCUGUUGUAAAGAACAAGUCGAGACAGCCACAGAAGUCUUUCGAUGUUUGAGAGAUACGUGUGGGUGUAAUGUAUUGCCUUAUAUGGGCUAUUGUGCUUAUAUCUUUUCGACUGUCUUGAUGACCUCUGUGUUUUCUUCUGACCCUGUUGCUUAUACAAAAAGUAGUUUAGGUCUUGCUAUUUUGUUUGAUACCAUCAAGAUCUUGGGUCCUUAUUGGCCUAUGAGUGAACGCUUGGCCUUGACAACACGUGACAUGCUCUCUACGCAUUCUCGCCUAUAUGAGAUUGAAGCCAAUCAUCGGAUGCCGAUCCCACUCAAGAUCACCCAAAGUCCUGAAUCCAUGGCUUCGAUCUCUACAACAGACACACCUUCCAUACCAGCCAACCAUGUGAAUUACAUGGCAAUGCCUUACACCACACAACCCACAGAUAUUGAUUUCAAUAGCUGCGAAUUCCUGAAUGACUCUGCUUUGUUUGGACAAAUGAUUUUCGAUUCUUCUAAACUGCAGUAUAUGAUGUAUAAUACACCGCCUCAUUUAUUUAAUAAACAAUAGCUCAGGA